GUGAAAAUAGUGAAACUUUCGGAUAUAAAUUCAAAUGACCAGCAUAAUAAAUUUAUUAAAGUUUUCUAUCUAUUGAGUUCGCUUUAAACAAAUAUCUAUGGUACAUUAAAACAUAAAUUCUAAAGUAAGUGUAGAACGUGUGAGUCUGCCGCCAUAGUUCCAUUUGAAAUCUUCGUUGACACCAAUUGGAAAAAUAUUAGCAAAGCCACAAAGAAGCGAAACUCUGCGAGCCGCGUUAACGACGAUUGCCAUUCGGUUGGAGUAGGCGGAAUAUUUUUCUUUUAGUUUUUCAGGAAAACUGUGAAUCGAGUAAAUCGGUUUGUGUGGCUUUCAAAAGUUGUGAAAAACGAUAAUAAGAAAAACGCAUCAGACAUUGAAAUCGAGUUACAGAAUCUAAUAAGCGAAAAAGUGUAAAAGUGUGCGAAAAAUAUUUCGCCGAAUUGCUUAAAUUCCGGCUGUCAAAAAUAAAAGCGACUAGACGUUGAGUUUUGUCUUGCUUCCGCGCACCAUUGACCAAGUGCGACCAUAAGUAGUUGUAGUUGCGCUAGUCACACUACAGGUGUCCUCAUAAGGGACGGAUAUAGUUAGUAGCCGCACCGCUUAAUCGACUUUGUUGCAGACGAGUGCCGAAGUGAAUCGAGUCUGGUAGUUUUGGUCUUCGUAAUUAUUCGGUCUGAUUGGUCGUGGUAGUUCGUCGAGACAAAAAUUCAGUGCGAUUGCUGCGAGAAUUGAAUUCGUCGUACUCGUGGGCUUUAAACGGCAAAGAAGGAAAAUUUUCUUUUUUUUAAUAGAAAUUUAGUUUGUGCGCUACGCUCCACACACACAUUAAAAAUAAAAUUUCAACAAAAUGGCGUUAAAAAGAAUUAAUAAGGAACUACAAGAUCUGGGCAGAGAUCCACCUGCACAAUGUUCAGCUGGACCAGUCGGCGAUGAUUUAUUUCACUGGCAAGCUACAAUAAUGGGACCGCCUGACAGCCCGUACCAAGGUGGCGUGUUUUUCUUAACAAUUCAUUUUCCAACAGAUUAUCCUUUCAAACCGCCUAAAGUGGCUUUUACAACGCGUAUAUACCAUCCAAACAUUAACAGUAACGGAUCGAUUUGCCUCGACAUUUUAAGAUCUCAGUGGUCGCCAGCAUUAACUAUUUCAAAAGUUUUACUAUCGAUUUGCUCUCUUCUCUGUGAUCCAAAUCCAGACGAUCCGCUUGUACCAGAGAUUGCAAGAAUAUAUAAAACCGAUCGGGAAAAAUAUAAUGAAUUGGCACGAGAGUGGACUAGAAAGUAUGCUAUGUGAUGCGCUCCAGUUCGUACUAUCGAUCCGUCAACUAGUAACAACAGCAACAAUAGCAACAAGAAUGGCAACAGAAUGAAGGAUUGCUAUAACAUCAUCAAGACCAACAACAACAAUAUAAUAAAAUCAACAAUAGCAACUACAAUGGCAUAGCGCUCCAAAGUAAAGGUUUAAAAAUAUAUAGCAGAAGCAACAACAACAGCAAAAGCAACCAAAACCACAAUGUGAAACAAUUCUUCUUCAGCAAAUAAAAAAUAUGAAAAAAUAUUAAAACAAUAAAAAAACACUGCAUUAAUUCAAGAGUAAGCAAGAAUUAUGCGUAAAACAAGAGAGAAGAAAAACGCCACAGAAAGCAAAAUAAAAAUCUGCGGGGAAAAAAAAUAAAGAAAAGGAAUAAAAUUACAAAUUGAUUCAUAAAAUACAACAACAAAAACACAUAAAUCAACUUACUUAUUAUUAUUACAUUUAUAAUUAAUUAAUUAAUUAAAUUAAAAUUAUAUAUUCUUCAGAAGAAAAUUUAAAAGAUAAAUCAGAGAUAAAACAAUAAAACCAUAUAAAAAAAUACGCAAGAAUACCAUAUAACAUUAAGAACUGCGUGCGCAGGAGAGAGGCAAAAAGCGUUAAGCAAAAAGUUUAAGAUACAGUUACAGCGUAAAGUGUAUGAUGCAGCGGCGUGUAUUACAGCAUAGAGUAGAGACUGAUUUAUACGUGUAGACAGACUUGAUGAGAUGAGAGCCGAUAUUUGUUGUGUCAGCAUAGAGAGUGGUAGCAUUGGCGAAGUCAUAAAACUGAUAAAUUCGAUACAAAAUAUGCACGUACACGAAAGUUGAAAGUGUACAUGCGAUGAUGUACAUAUGUAUGUGUGCGCUAAAUGGUAUGGUUACGAAAAGGCACGCAAAUACUUUUCAUUAUACUUUUUGAUAAUUUUCAAUUUUGUGCUCCACACACCCAAUGUAUUAUUGCGUAAUGCUAACAAGUUUUAGCGCAAUUGAGAAAUGUGUGUGGAAAAAAGUACCCUUUUCAGAAAUUAUACGCAAAGUCAGACCGCAGGCCCCCAAUAUACUACUACUACACACACACAACCAUACAUUUUGCGUAGGUUAUAAACCAUUAAAAAAGGAAAAACACUUAAAAAAUAUAAAAAAGGUGAUGAUGGACGAUUCACUCGUUCCUUCACACGUGCUUCGCACUCCUAAUUGGGUUAUAUAUAGCAAAGCAUAGCGUCAAUGGUGUAAUCCUAUACCUAAUCAAAAGCAAAAACAAAAAUUCAAAUUUAAGAAAACAAUUAACAGUUAAACAACCAACGUAUUUAGUAUAAUUUGUAUAAUUUCUCUGCAUAAAAACUUCAAUUACAAACAAACAUA